AUGAAAUACGCCACCACCAUCGUCGUCGGCGAGACAGGCAGCGGCAAGUCCACACAGAUCCCUCAGUACCUUAAGGAGGCUGGUUGGGCUGAUGGUGGUCGACUUAUUGGAUGCACUCAGCCCAGGCGAUUGGCUGUGCAGACGGUUGCAUCAAGGGUAGCUGAAGAAGUAGGCGUGAAACUUGGAGAAGAAGUUGGUUAUACAAUCCGAUUCGAAGAUCAAACAAAUCCGGGUAUGACCAUGAUAAAAUUUCUCACAGAUGGGGUAUUGAUUAGAGAAAUGAUGGAAGAUCCUCUUCUUACCAAAUAUAGUGUAAUUAUGGUGGAUGAAGCUCAUGAAAGAUCCAUCUCAACCGACAUGUUGCUGGGACUCCUGAAAAAGGUUAGCAUCUCUUGA